CAACUGUGCGCGCUCCGGAGCGGCUGGUACUUAACACUGGCGUCUGUGUUUGAAGAGCUGAAGCACAGGACAGAAACACACACGAAUGAACGGCGAAAAAGAGGAAUCUACCGUCAGGCAACGCUUCACACUUUUGCCAGUUUCUCUGCAGUAGAAGGAAGGAUAUUUAGUCCGAGAGGUCCCCACAUUUCAGGAGAAGACGAAAGCCUUAUUUGGAAAUCUUAUGGACGAAGAAAUGAGUCGUCAGACCGCCACCGCGCUGCCCACAGGAACCUCCAAGUGCCCCCCCUCCCAGCGCGUGCAGACCCUGUCAGGCACCACUGCGUCCAACAGUGACCUGGCCAGUCUGUUCGAGUGCCCUGUGUGCUUUGACUAUGUCCUGCCCCCCAUCCUGCAGUGCCAGUCCGGACACCUGGUGUGCUCCAACUGCAGGCCCAAGCUCACCUGCUGCCCCACCUGCAGAGGACCCCUGGGCUCCAUCAGGAAUCUGGCAAUGGAGAAGGUGGCAAACUCUGUGCUCUUUCCCUGCAAGUAUGCGUCAUCGGGCUGCGAAGUCACUCUGCCCCACACCGACAAAACGGAGCACGAAGAGCUGUGCGAGUUCAGGCCCUACUCCUGCCCCUGUCCUGGAGCCUCCUGCAAAUGGCAGGGCUCACUGGACGCAGUGAUGCCCCACCUGAUGCACCAGCACAAGUCCAUCACCACACUGCAGGGGGAGGACAUAGUGUUCCUGGCCACAGACAUAAACCUUCCUGGGGCAGUGGACUGGGUCAUGAUGCAGUCGUGCUUCGGCUUCCACUUCAUGCUGGUGCUGGAGAAACAAGAGAAGUAUGAUGGGCACCAGCAGUUCUUUGCCAUUGUGCAGCUCAUUGGGACUCGGAAGCAGGCGGAGAACUUUGCGUACCGCCUGGAGCUGAAUGGGCACCGGCGCAGACUCACCUGGGAAGCCACGCCACGCUCCAUCCACGAGGGCAUCGCCACGGCCAUCAUGAACAGCGACUGCCUCGUGUUUGACACAUCCAUCGCACAGCUUUUUGCAGAGAAUGGUAACCUGGGCAUCAACGUCACCAUCUCCAUGUGCUAAGGACUCAGCCCACCAGGGGGACGCGUUACUGACCGCUGGAGGCCCCAGGCCUCGCAGCGCUCUGCCUCUGAGACAGACUCAUGUGGGACUGGACUGUCUGUGGGCAGCCCGAGCCCAGGGCCUGCUGGGAUGAAUGAAUGUGUGGAUGGAAGGAUGAGUGGACAAACAGAACUGUAGUGACGGCUCUAGACUUGUCAAAUCCACAUCUGUGAGACCGCGGUCCACACACAAACUGAAUCGGCGCUCAGUCGGACUCCUGCCGCUGCCUCUGAGCGGCCUGUGCUUUGCUUUUCCAUGUCUCUUCAACUUGCUCCUCUCGGCCACACCGCUGUGGGUCACCACUCCCCCAGCCAAGGCUGUUAAACAGAAUCCUACUCGCCACUAGUUAGCCAAGUAGCUAACUUGUGAUCCAUCCUUUUGCUUGUAGUUCUCAGUACCUCCUGAAUCCAAUGGUUCACAACACUUUAGGGCUGCCUUCUGUUGGAGCACACUUCCCUCACUGCAUUGGCUCACUGGUUCCAAAGUGUGAGGCUCAUGAGGCUGAGGCGUUGAACCCUCACUUCACAUUUAUGCCUCUAGACCUGCACCCACCUGCGUCAGGACCGCCAAUAUGAAGGAACGGCCAGGCUCGUGUGAAUAUUUUCUGUGGCAUCAUAGUCCAUUGUUGAGUGGACCUGACCUCCAUCUCCAGUCUGUCCUCUCUCUGCUCACACACUGGGUCUUCUGCCUCUGCCACCGUCUAAAACAAGUGCACUCCUUCCCCUGAAGAUUGAACGUGAAAUGAGUUUGUCAGGACCUUAGAGAAGGAGGAAAACACCUGCAGUUUAGUUCAAACCUUUCCUUUGUGGUUUGCUUCUGUCACUGUUCCUUUCUUUUAGUUGUCUUUUGUAUGGGAAGAGCCUCUGCGUGUUCUGUAUACAUGCGUAUGUGUGAACUGGACACUUUGCUAAUGUUUUUCUUUUCUGCGUCUCUUCUGCCGGUGUUGGCCUCAACCACUGACUGACUGAUCACCCAACCAGGAAUGAGGGACAAGUUGUACCAUUACAAUGUUGCUAUUGUUAUUAAAUGGAAAAGUUAUCAUAAUUAUAAUUUUUGUAAUAACUUUUAAAAACAAAAAAUAAAAGGCAGUUGUAAAACUUGUUGCUAAACUUCAAUGUUUGUAGUUAAAAAGCAAGUUGUGUCGUUCUGAAGGUUUUGUUUUCUGAUUGUGUUCCUCUUUGUCUAUCCAUUUGUGUGCGAAGUUUGUCAGUGAGGAGGCAGAGGGUCUAGAUCAGCUCUCCUCACUCCUCAUGUCACAACGCUACUUCACCUCUGACUUUCUUCUGUUUUAAUUUUGUCAUCAAAUAAAUCUAUCUUUUUCAUA